AUGCCGGGGAUGCCUGCCAGGACAUGCCCAGGGUGCCAGCCGAGGAGACCCCGGAGGAGCUACCCGCCGAGGAGCCCGGAGGAGCUACCCGCCGAGGGCCCCCGGGGGAGCCGCCCGCCGAGGACUUGCCGGGGAGCGCCUUCCCCAGGGUUGCCCGGGGGAGCUGCCUCCCCAAAGGGCAUGCCCGGGGGAGCGCCUGCCCAAGGGAAAGCCGGGGGAGCUGCCUCCGGGACAGCCAGAGGAGCUGCCCCCGAGGGGAAAGCGGAGGAGCUGCCCGCCGAGGACACCCCGGAGGAGCUCCUCCGAAGACACGCCGGAGGAGCUCCUCCCAGGACACCCCGGAGGGGGACCUGCCGAGACACCCGGAGGACUCGCCGGGACACCCCGGAGGAGCGCCGCCCAGGACACGCCCAGGAGCUGCCUUCCGAGGGCUUGCCGGAGGGGCUGCCUGCCGAGGACACGCCCGGGGAGUGCCCGCCCAGGACACCCGGAGGAGCUGCCUUCCCAGGAUUUCCGGAGGACUGCCUGCCCCAGGAAAGCCGGAGGGCUGCCCCCGAGGACACCCCGGAGGAUGCCUGCCCAAGACCCCGGGGAGUGCCCGCCGAGGACACCCCCGGGGGAGCUACCUGGGCCAGGACAGCCGGAGGAGACCCGCCAGGACCCCCGGAGGGCUCCUGCCGGGACACGCCGGAGGGCUGCCGCAGGACACGCCGGGGGAGCUGCCCCGCCGAGGACAGCCGGAGGAGCUGCCUGCCCGGGCACCCCCGGGGGAGUGCCCCGCCGAGGCCCCGGAGGAGCUGCCUGCCGAGGACACCCCGGAG